AUGAGUGCCCGGGCGCCCAAGGAGCUGAGGCUGGCGCUGCCGCCGUGUCUCCUGAACCGGACCUUCGCUGCGCCCAACGCCAGCGGCGGCGGCCACGCGGGUACCCGAGGCCCGGGAGCCGGCGGCGGCGGCGGCACCUGCAUCACGCAGGUGGGACACCAGCUCUUCCAGUCCUUCUCUUCCACGCUGGUGCUGAUUGUCUUGGUGACCCUCAUCUUCUGCCUCAUCGUGCUGUCCCUUUCCACCUUCCACCUCCACAAGCGCAGGAUGAAGAAGCGGAAGAUGCAGAGGGCUCAGGAGGAAUAUGAGCGGGAUCACUGCGGCGGUGGCCGCGGCGGCGGGGGGCUGCCGCGGGCGGGCAGGCAGGCUCCGGCCCAUACUAAGGAAACCCGGCUGGAGAGGCAGUCUCGGGACUCUGCCUUUAGCGCCCCCUCCAAUGCCUCGUCCUCGUCCUCCUCUUCAUCCCCUGGCCUGCCCUUCCAGGGUCCCUGUGCUCCUGGGCCUCCGCCGCCAGCCUCCAGUCCGCAGGGAGCAAGCGCGGCCUCCUCCAGUUUGGACACAGCUGGCGAGGGCCUGUUGCAGACGGUGGUACUGUCCUGACUGUUCCCCUCUCCUCCCCUCCUCGUUUCCAGCGUCUUUGCAUCCUUGCUUCCCCCUUCUUCCUCUUUCCGUUUUCCUCUGGCCCCUCUUUCCUCGUACCCGCCCUCCCUUACUCUGUUUCUCCUCCGCCGAGGCACUGUGCGGUAUUUGUAAAUAUUGGGCGAGGAAAGUCUCGGAAGAAGAGCUAACGCUGAUAAUACUUUAUUAAUAUUUACAGUAAUUAUUAUAAUACUAAUAACACAAUCCAAGCGCAUGACAAAUCACAUAAUUUCUUUGUCGAUGAAGGAUGCAUCCUCCCACACCCCUCUGCGCUCCCCUCAGUAAGGAGGAGAAACCAAACGAGCUACCAAAUCUAUCAAAGGCAUUGACCCCCGGAGCCGAGGGAGAGCGGGGCCCGGUAGUGUACAUAGUUGUCCAGUCAAGCUUUCGGUUUCCUCCCUUUCCCUCCGUCCCCUAAGCUUCCACUUUUCCUUUAGCUUCCCUCCCAUUCUCACUCUCAGCCGGGCUCAGGCAAUAGUAUAUUAUAAAGAAAAAGUCUACAUUAAGCACCAGGGCUACGAGAGGCCACAGAGAAAGUCCCAGAAAAGCGUUUAUGAUAGGUACCCCUCUCCAGUCAGCCCUUUCCUCAGCCCUUGGUUAACCAUUACGUUUUCCAAAACUGACCACUUACUUUGCUUUUAAAAAAUGUCCCUCGCUGGCCGAGCAUAAGUACAUUAAAAUCUUUGAAUGAAUUCAACAACAGCAACGACAACAAAUCUAGCGCUUUCGCUCCCCGCCCCGCCCCCACCACUGCUCUUUGGACUUGGGACAUUUCAGGAUUUACAGAGGACUCGUGAGCUGUCCAGCCAGGUCUGGUGCUGAAAUCACCUCUGGUCAUGCAGGCGGAGGAGGGGCUGUUUUGGAAAGUGACUAUUCUGGCUUUUGGUUGGUUUCUUUCUACGAUCGGGUUAUUGUGUACUAUUAAUUUUAUUCUUAUUAAACAUUGCAUAAGUUACCUUUUGUAAAAAAAAAGUAUUAGGCGAUGUGCAAUGCUGAAAGUGCAGUAUCUAACCAACUAGAAUGUUUCUGUUUCAUUUUUAGAACAAGUGCACCUUUGUUAUAUAUUUAUUAUAUUGGUACCAAAUACAGAAGAAAAUUAUAGUUCUGUACUACAUCCUCCAAACUGUAUAUUCAUGUUCUUAAUUUCCAGCUGUUGAUAAAAUGGUUACCACUUCAGUGGUACAGACCUGGCUUCUCUUGUUUCCAGAAGUAUUCUUCUGUACCUUACUCUGUAGCAGACUGUUAUAAAAAGAUGACACACAUGUUUUCUUUUUUCUUUUGCGAAUGACAGAAACAACCAUCUCAACAGAAACAAACAAUGGAUGUGCAGGAAUGCCAUCUAUUAAGACGUGGUUAAUAGUUAAGCAGUGCCUCUUGUUCUCCCUGCAUGCAGUUACCACCUGGAGGCAGCGGUGUGUGUGCUCGCUUGUACUGUAUGUGUUUCAGGAUGAGAUUGGUGGGGAUGUUGGGCAAUUUGGAUGACAGGACAUGCAAAUUUCAAGAGAAGUUAAAUCGUGUAAUUACUUAUAGGACAAAAAUAUUUGGAACUUGUUUAGUUAACAAUCUGUGCCUGCAGCAGAGGAAGGGCUCUCUUUUUCUUUUUGAGUCUGGCUUAGCUAAUUUCACUAAAUAUAUGAAAAUAUUGAGAUAAGAAGAAAGUGAGAGAGGAGAAGAGAAAUAUUUUGCUCCCUCUGUUAAUGCUAGCCAGGCUAUCUGUGUCAGAAGUGGAGCUUGCCUGUGGCUUUUUACCACUUCCUUUGGAUGAUGAUGGAAGGGGCCAGGAGCAUAUUGCAAUAUUAAUUAUAUGCAGUGGUACCUCUUCUUGGAAACCAAGUUUUUGACAGCUAUUCAAGUGUUUAGAAAGUGUAUUGAUGAGAAUGAUCUACAAAAACCUUAACCAAAAGAGUCCUUACUAUCCUGCAGGGUGUAAGGCAGCAGUGCCCCUACAAGCAUCCCUCUCUCAAGUAACCAGUUUCUCUAGAUGCUGUGUCUUGGUUCCAGGCAUAUUUGCUCUUAUCUGGAGAAAAUAUUACUUCUUAAGGUUUUGGUCAUUUAUUAAAUUGCCCAAGCUCAGUUUUCAUCUUUUAUAAAAAUAAUUUAAUAAACUUAUUUUUAAUCACCCGUUAGAUACUCACUCAAGUCCUUUCCUGAAGCACAGAUGAUCAUUGUUGAGGCACGCCAUGUUGUAAUAUUAGGAAGACCAGGUAUAAAUCUUUGGGUACAACAUAUUAAACAAUGAACCAGAUUCUCCCUAGUGCCUUAGUCACUUCCUAGUAAUAAGUAAGAGAGUGCAUUAACUCCCUCAGGCCCCUAGCGAAUCAUUUAGUGCAUCAGAAAUCCACAUUGUACAUCAGAAUGACUAAGGCACUGUGAAGAAGAAAGUCCAUUAAUUUUUGUAGCUUACCCUCAGCCAGCAAUAGCUCUUUAAUACCUUAUUACAGAAUGACUUUUGGAUAGAAAUUUGCAUAGAAUCAGGGACCCAGAAGGGAGCUUGCUCAUUUACAAUGAGCUCCACCAAGUGCAUGGACAUUACUUUCUCCCCUUAUUUGGUGCACUUUUUACAGUGAAUAAUUUCCCAUUUUAUUAAAGCAAUAAGACAUUCUGUUGUGAGCAGUGCUGGACGGUGAUUCCAUUUUCUUGGUGCUGAAGCUACUCAUACGUUCUUGCCUUAUGAAUCAUAGUACAUUCAAGGCAUGCAAUAAUAAUCCCCUUCCAAGACGCAGCCUGUACACUCUGAGGGGCAAUUAUAAAAUUGUCCUAUAUUAUUUUUCCCCAAAGGAAUAGAGGGAGCAAAAGAAAUAAAAGAAUUAUAUAUGUUAUUUUAAAAAGAUCUUGAUAUCUCUAAACAUGGGAACACAUCUGUAAUAUGCUUUCAAUGUGCACCUUUGAAUAUGUAUGUCUCUCUCCAUUAAUUGACUAUGGUUUAAUAUUUUUAAUAGUGCUCUAUAUAAAGAUGAUGCAGUUUGUGACUCAAAUUUAAUACUGAGCUUAAUAUAUUCAGAACCCUAAGCUCUGGCAGUGUCACUUGAAGUUUUUUAUGAGAUAGGAAGAGAAUUACAUGAAAUUCUAAUAAGCCAGGCCCAACACCAAAUUACUGCAAAAAGCACAUAUCUAAGCAAUUUGUACAGACCCUGUUUAAAGCAUUACUUCUUAUAGAGCUCAAUUGGCAGUCUUGGGAGUUUGGGAUGCUACCAACAGGGCAUUUCAGUUUUCAUUUACGUGAAACAAAAGGCAAUCUGGAAAUAGCUAAAUUUAUUUUAAGGAAUUUAUUCACCGAUGUCCCGUCAAACUAAUUGCUUCAAACCCCUAUAGCUACAGUUCAACUUCUGCACUCGCUAUUCAGUAUUAUAAUAAGGUGGCAUGCUUGAUUCUUAUUGUUUUUAAAAAUGAGAAAAUUGGAGAGAAAAAUACUAUUAUGUCAAAUGUAUGGAACUAUGAAUCUUAAAGAUAUAGAAGGACAUAAUCUUUAGACUUUAUAUACACUCAUAGAUAUGUAUUUAUAUACGCAUACAUUUUGUACAAAUUUACAAUGGACUUUUUGUAUUCUCUUUUCUGUCAUUACAAGAGUGAGAUGGAAACCAAACAGUUGUUCCAUCCUCUUAUCCAAAGAGGAUACUGAGGAGUCAGGUAUGUGCAUGCACUUAUUUCUCUGGGGUCAAAUUUGAACAACUUUCUCUUUAUUUGAUGAAAGGGGAGAGUCCUAGUUAGCUCUGAAAAUUGGUAAAUUAGAUAAGCUUCCUUUCCUAGGUUAACGACUCAAAUGUAGCAAUGAUAAUAAAGCUGUGAUUGUUUCUAUAUGGUCUAGAUAUCUAGAUGGAAAACACAUAUAUCCAGAAAGGUUUAGGGGCAUAUAGACCAAAAACCUAGAUUGUGGUUUGAUUUUUCCUUUUCAACCUAUAUGUUGUGUAGAGAUACAAUUUAUAUUUACAUAGCUAAAGGUAAAGUGAAAAUAUGACCAUUAUCUCUUUAGUUUGGUAAGACGUUUUUGAAACAUAUGGAUAAAUUUUCUUCAAAAAACUUCUUUGGGAUCUGACUUUUCCACCAUUUCUAUCUGCAUUAAUUGAAUUAAUUAGAUAAUGGUUAAAAUUUUAUUUUUUCUAUUGUGUAGACAUAUGCUUUAAAUGCUUUUUUGUGGGUGACAGAUAAGCAAUUGCUAGUUGAUAUUAUGUGGAAUUAUAGGUUAAAUCAGAACCUGAAACUUUAAUCUAAUCUGACCAGGCUCCUUAGGCCCAUUUCCACAUGAAUCUGGACUUUGAAUUCGAAUCUGAAAAGCCACUUAUUUGGGCUAUUCUUUUUUGGAACUAGUGAUUGUAGCUCACAGAUGUUUCAGUUCAUAUUAGAAUAAAUUGCCCUAUCUAUA